GGGCGUAUAUUCUGGGACGGUGGUUGCAUUUUGGCGGGAACAGGCGUAUUGUUGUGGCGUAAAACAAGGUAUCUCGUUGGGAAGAAUUGCGCGCGUAAUUGCGGUGGAGCUUUCACCCUAUUACUAAUUACUUCGGCGUCGACGAGGAGCGGGAGCGGAGAGAGACUUGUGCCACGUGGGCUGGCAGCCCAUCUGGCCGAAGGGUACCCACGUGCCACGUAUAACUGACUGUUGAGGAGCAGGUCAUGAGCUCGGACCCUCGUGAAAUCAGUUGGAAGUUGUGCCACGUGGAACUGCCGGCGGGAAGUAAUUGCGCGGUCUACGCAAUUUCGGCAAGCAACGGGCGAAAGCGCGCCGAGCGCGACGUGGCGCCACGUGGCGGCAAUUCCUGAUCUUCGGGGAAUCGGUAGCUUGCGCCGGUGAAGAAGAUCGCAAUUUGGCGAAAUAGGAGGCCUGAGAGCGUAAUUAGUAAUCACGCUAGAAUUUUCUCGAAACUAAUCUGGUCGUCAAUCGUGGCCAGAUACGGGGGCUGAGGAAAAGACAGCUGUGAGAAAACCCUAGUAAGGCAAAAGACACUAGAAGAGAGAGGGAGGGAGACAGAGGGGAGGGGGAGGAGGAGGAAGUCUGUUCGCUGCUGAGGCGCUUCAGGUUCUGCCACGAUGGACGGUCAUUCAUUUGGCGCGCUUUUGCUUCUGCUGACGUGUCUUUCGCUAAGCGCAGCGCAGUGUGUGAUGGGUGCUGCCACCUGGGGCCCGUGUGGAGAGAAAGACGUUCCUGUGACAGUCAAGGGUGUCGUCGUGACUCCCGACCCUCCCGUCCGUGGCAGCGCCUUUUCCUUUGAAUUGCCGGCUACAAGCAAUCGCGUGAUCACUGGAGGAUACGUGAAGGUGUUUGUGUUUUUCCAUGGCGUACCGGUGCACUUGGAGGAGGAUGAUCUUUGUGAAAAGACGUCUUGCCCAGUUCAGAUCGGCGACUUCGUCUUCCGAAAUGCACAGGAUCUGCCGGGAGUGACACCACCGGGUCCAUACAUGGUGAAGGUCAGCGCAUUUGAUGAGAACGACGAGCCCCUCUUCUGCACGAAGAUCAGGUUCAUGAUUGUGAAGAGACCUCGUGAGUCGGGCUUUCUUAAAGCUAUCCUGUAAGCAUUAUGCAAGGGCAGGAUAUAAGAGGUGAAUAUUACUGAAUAAGCAUCCCAAAAAUUGGGGUGCAAUUAAAAAAAGAAAAAGAAAAAGAAAAAGAAAAAGAAAAAGAAAAAGAAAAAGAAAAAGAAAAGAAAAAAAAAGGAUCCUGUUCAAGUCUCACAGAGUAAAUAAACUAUUCCGAG